AUGCAAGCCCGUGACGCUACCGGCCGCCAAGUGUCGCUGCUCAAUGAUGACAGCUUCGCUCAGCGCCCGUCCUACACCAGCCGCUAUCUCUCCGUCGCUGACAGGUCUCCCCUUCUGCGCACUCCUGAACUUCUCCGUUCAGACUCGUACGAUUCUACCACCAGCGGCUACGACGCAAUCUCGCCACUAACUCCCGGACUCUACGACUACACUCCCAGGCCCCUUUACGACGAUUACAUGGCCGAGAAGACGGCCGGCCUGAAGCGUCCGGCGUACGUCGAGAGCAGCCGUUCCAACUCGUACGACGAGGAAGCCACCCACACCGGUCCUGCGCCAGAGCGUGCUGGCAAGCGCUACCCGUGCCGUUACCGCGACAGCCAUGGCUGCGAGAAGACUUUCACCACCUCUGGCCAUGCUUCGCGGCAUUCCAAGAUCCACACUGCCGAGAAAGCUGUGCAGUGCACCUUUGCUGGGUGCAACAAGAAAUUCACUCGCGCCGAUAACAUGAAGCAGCAUCUCGAGACACACUUCAAGGACAAGUCGCGAUCAUCUGGCUCUUCCAAGUCCUCCUCUAAAACCUCAUCUGCAAAACGCGCCUCUAUCUCAUCGAAAUCCACGUCCUCUUCCCACAGCUCCUCCUCCAAGGACUCUCACGACCAACAGCCACUCCCCCCCUUUGGCUCCACCUGGGACAUGCGCGUUUCCCACGGCCCUCUUUCCAGCCGUCCCCAUACAAUGAGGACAAGCAGCGGCCUGGAUGCCUUGGCUGCCAUUGCGUGCCAAGAGGGCGCCUGAAGAGCUUCAUGCUACGAAGCUGUCUUUCAAAUCGUUCUCGUCCAUUCUUGAUUUCUCUCUUUCCGAGUAUGGCGUUUCUGGAGUUUUACUGGCAUGAUGCAUCGAGACGGACGCAUAUACACGAGGCGUCUUGGGGACCAUGGCUUUCUCCAAUUCAGGGGAUGUUCCCCGCUGGACGACGCUCUCCAUUCACGUGGCACAUGAAACCAUUCAGGCACUUGUGGGGUGUGCAUUACUGUUGCUUGUUUGGAAUGGCGCUGGGCACGGAAAACGAUACCACUGCAUAUGAUGAUUUUCACUUCUGAAAAAGACCCUGGCGGCCAGAGUCAUGGAACAGUGGGACCUGGCGCGCAGGGGAAGCUUGUUUUGUUUGGCAACGAUGUAGUGUUAGAGAUACCAUUCACCUGCUUCUACACAGAUAGGCAGGCGGCAUUGCAAGAAUCAGAAAUUUUAUUGUUAUUAUACAAC